AUGGCCCAGCCCGCACCUUCCACAUCCGGCUCCGCCGACGGCUGGCGCGCGAAUCUCCGCCCGCCACCGCGUGACGAGCGGCCGCAGACGGAGGACGUGCAGAACAUCAAGGGCAUCGAGUUCGAAGACAUGAAGCUCCGGCGCGAGCUGCUGAUGGGCAUCUUCGAGGCCGGCUUCGAGCGCCCGUCGCCGAUCCAGGAAGAGGCGAUCCCCGCCGCGCUCUCCAAACGCGACAUCCUCGCCCGCGCGAAGAACGGCACGGGCAAGACCGCGUCGUUCGUCGUGCCGAGCCUCGAGCAGGUCGACGUGUCAAAGAAUAAGAUCCAGGCGCUGCUCCUCGUGCCCACGCGCGAGCUGGCGCUGCAGACGUCGCAGGUGUGCAAGAAUCUGGGUAAACAUAUGGGCGUGCAGGUUAUGGUUACGACCGGCGGGACUACGCUUAAGGACGAUAUUUUGCGUCUGAGCGAGACGGUACAUGUGCUCGUUGGCACGCCCGGUCGUAUUCUUGAUCUUGCGGGCAAGGGCGUCGCCGAUCUCAGCGAGUGCCCCGUGUUCGUCAUGGACGAGGCCGACAAGCUGCUAAGCCCUGAGUUUGCGCCGGUUAUGGAGCAGCUGCUUGCGUUCUUGCCGAAGACGCGCCAGGUUAUGUUGUUCUCUGCGACGUUCCCCAUCAUCGUAAAAGACUUCAAGGAGAAGCACAUGAAGAACCCGUACGAGAUUAACCUCAUGGAGGAGCUCACUCUGCGCGGUGUCACCCAAUAUUAUGCCUACGUCGAAGAGCGACAGAAGGUCCACUGUCUAAAUACGCUAUUCUCCAAGCUACAAAUCAACCAGUCGAUCAUCUUCUGCAACUCCACCAACCGAGUCGAGCUUCUAGCAAAGAAAGUCACCGAGCUCGGCUACUCGUGCUUCUACUCGCACGCAAAGAUGCUCCAAUCACACCGCAACCGCGUCUUCCACGACUUCCGCAACGGCGUAUGCAGGAACCUCGUCUGCUCCGACCUCCUCACGCGCGGUAUCGACAUCCAGGCCGUGAACGUCGUCAUCAACUUUGACUUCCCGAAGAACAGCGAGACGUACUUGCAUCGGAUCGGUCGUUCGGGACGCUUCGGACACUUGGGUCUCGCGAUCAACCUCGUCACGUACGAGGACAGGUUCAACCUGUACAAGAUCGAGCAGGAGCUGGGCACGGAGAUCCAGCCUAUUCCGCAGGUCAUCGAUAAGGGCCUGUACGUCGCGCCUAGUGCGCAGGACGAGCCUGCAGGACAGAAGCCGCGUCAGCAGCAGCAGACGCAACAGCAGCAGCAGGUCAAGCAGACCGUGUACCAGACCAACGGCGCAGCUGCUGCGCCCGCACCCGCACGAAACGGCGGUACGCCCGCUGGCGCACGAUGA